AAUCCACACACCAGCCACAGCCACAGUCCCGUCCUCGUCCUUUACUGUGGUCACAGUCCAAGAUAAAAGUAUAUUGAACAAAACAAAUAAGACAAAUAGUUUAAAGUUUAAAUUAAACCAAACCCUGAACCAAAAUACCAAAACCAAAUAGAAGAUGGAAGUAAAACAAGAAGUUAGUGAAAACAUUAAAAUGGAAAUAGAUUGUAAUCAAAUGUGUGAUGUUCCCUUGGAUACUUCCAAAACUGAAAUUAAAGAGGAAGACAAUAAAUUUAAUUGUGUAUAUUUAAAGGAAUAUCCUAUAAAGACGGAAAUAGAAGAAGUUAAACUUGAAGAAAAACAAAACACGGAAAAAGCUGUGAAAUUUAAAGUUGAAAUUAAGGAAGAGUUUAUUGAAUAUGACCAAAACUAUCUAGAGAAUCAGCUAUCGACAUCAAUAGAUGUGGAACACCUCAAAAAUGAACCAAAAGAUAACUCAGGUAUGGAGUUUAAAGUUGAAAUUAAAGAGGAGUUUGUUGAAUAUAAUGAAAUAUACAUUGGAAAUCACUUAUCCACAUCAACAAAUAUUGGAGACUUCAAGAAUGAACCAGAAGAUAGCUCAGGAAUGGAACUAAAACCCAAAAUUAAGGAAGAGUGUGUUAAAGGGAACCAAAAAUAUAUAGAAAAUCAGCUAUUUACAAUAGUAGAUGAAAAUGAUUUAAAAAAUGAACCAGAUGAAGAUAACUCAGGUUUUUCUCAGGACAGAAUAGGAAGUAUGAAAAGUUUAUCUGAACAUUCGUGCAGUGAAGAACAAGUAAGUUCACACCCUGGAGAAACAACAAAUACACAAACGGAUGUUCAGAGUGGAGAAGGACUUCACAAAUGUGAAAUUUGUUUUAAGGAAUUUUCUCGGAAAAAUCAUUUAGAGAGCCAUUUGCGAAGUCAUACAGGAGAAAAACCUUUUGAGUGUGAAAUAUGUUUUAACAAGUUUACGGAAGCAGGGGGUUUGAAAAAGCACUUGAGACUGCACACGGAAGACAGUACUUAUAAGUGUAAAAUUUGUUUUAAGCACUUUUCUUGUUCUUAUACUUUGGAAAGACACUUGAGACUGCACACUGGACAGAAGCCUUACACAUGUGAAAUUUGUAAUAAGCAGUUUAAUGACGCAGGAAACUUGAAAAAGCACUUGAGAAUGCACACUGGAGAAAAGCCGUACAUGUGUGAAAUUUGUUCUAAUCGGUUUACUCAAGCAAGUCAUUUGAGACAUCAUAUCAGAUCACACACUGGAGAAAAGCCUCACAAGUGUGAAAUCUGUUUUAAACAGUUUGCUAGCAAAAUGUUUUUAAAUCGGCAUACGAAAGUUCACACUGGAGAAAGACCUUACCAGUGCGAAAUUUGUUUAAAAUGGUUCACCCAAGCAAGUCAUUUGAAAUGUCACAUCAGGUCGCACACUGGAGAAAAGCCAUUUAAAUGUGAGUUUUGUUUGAAGCUGUAUGCUGAAGCUUCUAAUUUGAGAAGACAUUUGAGAGUGCACACUAAAGUUAAACCUUACAGUUGUGAAAUUUGUUUGAAGCAGUUUACUAGAGAAUCUUAUUUGAAAAGUCAUUUAGGAGUGCACACUGGAAAUAAACCUUACAAGUGUGAAAUUUGUUUGAAGCAGUUUACUGAAGCUUCUAAUUUGAAAAGACAUUUGAUGGUGCACACUGGAGAAAAAUCUUCCAAUUGUGAAAUUUGUUCUAAGCAGUUUAGUCGAGCAUCUGAUCUGACAAGACAUUUGAGAGUGCACACUGGAGAAAAACCUUAUGAAUGUAAAAUUUGUUCCCAGACGUUUUCUCAAAAAUCUAAUUUAAAUAUACACAUGAAGUUGCAUGUUUGAGAAACUUAACCCUGUUGCCCUGUUCGGGUCUAUUUGACUCAAAAAAUAAUUUAUUUCUCAUUUUACAAAUUAUUACGGGGCGAAACGAUUUGGUGUUCGUGACUUUAUUACCUAAUAUGAGUUCUUUCAAUUGCAUAUGAGGUAAACAAUCAACUUCCAAAUUUUUUUGAUAAAAAUGAAAUUGUUACCUAGGGUACGUUCGGGUCAAUAUGACCCACGUAUUUAAACCGUUCAAAAAUACCUGUGUAUGUGUUUUUGGUUGGCGGUAUUCUAUAUUGACAGUACCUGUGUGUUUGUCAGCCGGAUACGUCUGUAAAUAAAAACAGGUUUCUGCAAGCUAGAACUUGUAAAAUAAACUGUAGUAUAUCUGGACGAUGUUGUAAACCAAAUUAUAAAUAUGACCAACAUGGACGGUCGACAUGUCUUUGGUACCAACUGGAAAGUCAUGAAUAAAGUUGGUUUUCAAGCAUACAUUGGUCUUUUAUAAGUCCCAUGGUGAAUCAACUAAAAGUUUGUGGAAUAAAGAAACGGGUCGUAGUAUAUUUCAAUCAACAAUGUCGCUUGAUAUUAUUUACAAAAAGUUUUCAAUACGUUUUGAUAACAAAACUACUAGACAGGAUAUGAGAAGUUUUGAUAAACUUGCUGCAAUACGUGAAAUUUAGGAAACAUAGGUAGAAAAUGUACCAACAUUUUUUAACCCUGAUGAAAAUGUUACCGUCGAUAAGCAAUUAGUUGCCUUUAGAGGCCGCUCUCCCUUCAAAUGGUACAUUCCAAGCAAGCCAUCGAAAUAUGGCACAAUAGUUUGGGUUUUAUGUAAUUAUGAAAACUUCUUAUGCUCUAAAAUUGCAGAUCUAUACAGGAAUGCGUGUGUUGUGUGUGAGUGUAGUGUUGUGUGUGAGUAGUGAUUUGGAAGGCCACAAUAUUACGUAUAAUAACUUUUUUACAUCGUAAAAUUUAGGACAAUUUCUUCUAAGACAAAGUAAAUACAAUGCCGGUGACUAUAAGUAAAAUAAACCGGAGCUUUAAGCAAAAAUCGCGAAUAAAGAAGUUCAUAGCUCGUCUUUUUUGCUUCACGCAAAAUACCACUGUUGUUGACAAUAUGUAUUCCUAAAAAUAAUAAAAAUGUUGUUCUUAUGAGUACUUUGCAUCAUGAAUCGAUGCAUCAUGCAUCACUUUCAUCAAACGAAAAAGUCCCAAAUUAUUUUAGACAUAAGGGAGCAGUGGAUACUCUAGAUGUCUAAAUUAGCUUGUUGACACGUAUAGGUACAUGUGAGAAGAGAUAAUUCGCUGGACAAUGAAUGUUUUUUUAUAAUCUGCUGGACAUUUCUGCCUACAACGCGUUCGUGUUAAUGGGCAUCAGUAAAUAUCCAAUGGAAUACCAAUAAACAGGCAAAACGGUGAAUUUUUCUCGAGGAAUUGGGAAAAAACUAAUGAACCCAGUCAUCAUUUCCAGAAAAAAUAUACCAAUAACUAAAAGCUCUAACGAACUGGUAAAAAGGACACGAGCAGAAACAAGUACAUGAGGUGGAAAUGCUAGUGAACCGUCUAUGGACAAUUUAACUCCGCCUGCUAAACGAGCACGCUGUAAACUGGCCCUAAAAACGAUAACAAAACUAAUUAUAUUAUGUUGUAUAUAUCAUAAACAUAUUUGUAAAAUCCAUUCUUUUUAUUACUGUCCCAGUUGUAAACUGAUUAAAUUUUUGUAGAUAUUUUUUACUAGGCUUUUUUGAAAGAAAAAAAUACCUUUUAUUUUUUUUAAUACGGUUUAAUUUACAUUAACAACAUAGUUUUUGUUUAAUUAACCAUAAUUUCUUGUUAAUAAAGUUUUAUUUGUCACCA